AUGUCGUCCGGCAGUGAAUCGGACGAUUAUUCGCCACCGGAUUCGCCCCCUCCAGGACCUAGCGUAAGUUCGUCUAGCAAUAGUAAUGCCAACAGCAGCAGCAGCACCAAUCAGCAGCAGGGUGGUUCGAAUGAAAAGUCCGUGCCAAGAGGCACCACCGCGAGUUCCGGUAGCUCGAACGCUGCCGGAGCGUCAGCGGCAGGAUCAAGUGUGCUGACGGCGUCGAAUGCGGCGGCAACCAUCUCCGCCAUCCAGCAGCAAAUUCAGCAGCAACAGCAAGCCCUCCAGCAGCAGAUCCAACAUCGCCAGCAGCUGCAGCAGCAGCAGCAGCACCACCAGAAACACCAGCCCAAAUCGGCCAAAGCAAAAGCCAACUCUUCCUCGUCAUCGUCCUCGUCACUGAUGAAGGUGAAACAGGAACCACCAUCCGGAUCGUCCUCGGUGGCUUCUCCACCGGCAGCGGCCGCAGUAACCACGACAACCAGCGCGCAACAAAUCACGAGCAGCAUGAUCUAUCCUGCCUCGGCACUGAGUAGCCUCCCGCAGGACGUUCUCAUCAAUCUACUCCAAUCGGGCCAAAUACAGCUACACAGCGAAGGAGGUGGAACGCAACAAUUCGUCACCAUUCCGCUGCCCUUAAUGUCGACCGGAAAAGUGACCACAACGAAAUCGUCCACCACCAACGGACAACCGAAGGUUCCAUCCUCCAGCUCACCACCGAACAGCUCAUCCGUGGGUGGGCACGCUUUUCCGACCACACCAACGCGAACCAGCAGCGGAUCAGGCUCUUCAUCCCGACGAAACCCACCGCUUUCCACCAUCAAGACUGAAGUGCUCGACUAG